AUGCGUGUCGCCAAUACGAGGAGCGGGCGGCGCUUGCUUGCGACGGCGGCGGCAGCACUGGCGGAGAACGCACCUGCCUGUCGGAAGAAGACGCUGGUGGUGGACGGCAACAACGCGCUCUACCACUUCUACGACCCGCUCUGCAGCGUCGAGCAGGAUGGAGUGAAGACUGGCGCGGCGGACGGUCUGCUGCGCCUGCUGCGGCGGAUGGACAAGACGCACGAGCCCGAGCACAUUUCCGUCGUGUUUGACUCGAGGCAGCGCCCCACCACCCGCAGAAUUAUCCAGCCGACCUACAAGACAGACCGAGCUCCCACGCCUCGGUCGCUCACGCCGCAGUUCGCAUACGCCAAGAAGGCCCUAGCGGCAGCCAACGUGAACUGCAUCGAGCGCCCGGGGAUGGAGGCGGACGACAUCAUCGCCUCCUACUCGUCGCAGUUCACUGCCGCUGGCUUCGACGUGCUGCUGAUUUCCAACGACAAUGAUUUCCUGCAGCUCGUGCAUGGCGAGAGUGCCGCUGUGGUGGAGCUGUACCAGCCAUCCCGGCGCCGAUAUAUUCGAGAGCGAAACUUGAGAGGAAGGUUUGGUCUGCACCCCAAGUUGCUCCCCGACUUCUACGCGCUGUGCGGGCAUCAGUGGAAAAGGCUCCCGAGAGUGGACAACCUCACUGAUGAGGUGGCGGUGCAAUUGCUCACGGAGUACGGCGGACUCUAUCCUUUGCUGCGGCAGCUAGACACACUCGAGGAUUCGGUGUUGUGCAAGACGUUGAAGCAGUGCAUCACCUCGGUCGAGACCUCGUAUCGUAUGGUAAAGCUUGUCGACUCGGUGGCACUGCCCGUGCCAAUCGAGGAGCUGCGUCGACCGCAGCUCAACUAA